CAGAUGUUCCUUUCCACAACCUUAUCUAAGGUCAAGCGUUGUAGAGCAGCACAAGGAUGUCUGGAAGCAAGGUGACACUUUUACAGGUAACCUUGUCGGUCGUCUUUCACCUUGGAACACUACUGCAUGGGUCCUACGGUCUGAGGUGCUUGGAGUGCCAAGAAGUUUACAAGCCAGAUGACUGCGCCUUGUCUGGUGCCUGUGGUCAAGAUGAGCUUUGCUUCACUCGGUCUUUCAUCAACAACAAAGGAAGGCAGGCCUAUAGACUUGGCUGUGAGAGCACUGAUGUGUGUGAUUUGUUCGCGCGCGCGGUCAUUGUGAUUGGAAAACGUUCUCCGGGACGAGACCAAACAUGUCGGCAGUGUUGUUCCCAUGACAACUGCAAUGAAAAGCUUUGCGUAUCAUCAACCCCAACGACCCAUACUCCUUCCACAAUGCCUCCCAUGACUACGUCGUCAUCGACGGCAGAAACUGUAACUGUUACAACACCAGCGCCGACGACGUCACUCAUCACAGCAGUCACUUCAUCAACUUCCGCCAGAGACUGUCUGUCUUUACUGGAACAAGGCAUCACGUCAUCAGGAGUGUACUCUGUGAGCCCAGACGGCGGAACUCCCUUCAACGUCUACUGUGACAUGACCGGUGAUGGAGGAGGUUGGACACUGGUUCAAAGACGAGUGAACGAGACAGUCGGAUUUGACAAGAACUGGGCUGAGUAUAAGAAUGGCUUUGGUUCACUGGAUGGGAACUUUUGGCUGGGUACCGAUCUCCUCCAUCGCUUCACUGUGCAGGCAGGACGAAACUACACCCUGAGGUUUGAGCUGACGGUCACUAACGGUAGUGCUUAUCACGCAUUCUACAAUAGCUUCAGCGUUGCUGGGGAGGCGGACAAGUACAGAGUCAGCUUCAUGGGCUACAGUGGAAAUGCAGGGGACAGUUUCGGUAACCAUAACGGUUUGCAAUUCUCUACGUACGACUCCGACAACGACAAGUCCUUACGGAACUGUGCCCAAAUGUACAAGGGAGGAUGGUGGUAUCACAAAUGCUACGACGUCAACAUCAACGGCUUGUACGGCAAUCAGGGAGACAGAGGGAUGGUGUGGUAUGCAAUCACGGGGUGGUACAACACCGUCACAGCUACUACCAUGUCUAUACGACCACAGCUGUAAGUGUAGCUCUUGACAGGGUUUCAAUAAACAAAAUGUACGAUA